GGCCAGGCGAGCAACAUGCCUAAGUUUUACUGUGACUACUGCGAUACAUACCUCACCCAUGACUCUCCAUCUGUGAGAAAGACACAUUGCAGUGGUAGGAAACACAAAGAGAAUGUGAAAGACUACUAUCAGAAAUGGAUGGAAGAGCAGGCUCAGAGCCUGAUUGACAAAACAACGGCUGCAUUCCAGCAAGGAAAGAUACCUCCUACUCCAUUCUCUGCUCCUCCUCCAGCAGGGGCAAUGAUCCCGCCUCCCCCCAGUCUCCCGGGUCCUCCUCGCCCUGGUAUGAUGCCAGCACCCCACAUGGGGGGCCCCCCCAUGAUGCCGAUGAUGGGCCCUCCUCCUCCUGGGAUGAUGCCAGUGGGACCUGCUCCUGGAAUGAGGCCACCCAUGGGAGGCCACAUGCCAAUGAUGCCUGGGCCGCCAAUGAUGAGGCCUCCCGCCCGUCCCAUGAUGGUGCCCACUCGGCCAGGAAUGACUCGACCAGACAGAUAAGGACAGAGGGCAGCCUCUUUGUAUCAGUUUUGUAUUACUUGUACUACUUCACCAGGAGAUCAUGGUGCUGUGACUCUGGGUGUUUUCUAAUAGCAUGACAAAGGAAGACUUGCUCCUCCCUUCUAUCAAAAAGAAUAGUUUCACAUUGGAGUAGUGGAAAAAAUAAUUUUUGUUUGUAUUGUGACGUGAAAAUAAAAUUUGUUGACUCUUUUAGUUAAAAAUGUUCCCUGUUUCUCUCCUCUGUUUUGUGUUGUUAUAAAGGAGAUGAAGCAUUC